AUGUCUACAACUACAACUGCAGCAGCGACAGACCCCUCCGAGUUCGCACCCCUCACUGUUGACUCCCUUCCCAAAGUUCAAUCCUUCCCAGUCGAUGCCGAUAUCCAAGAGAUCAUCAAAGCGCUGAAAAUCACAGGAGGAUGUGUAAUCAAGAACGCAGUAGCAAAACCCAUACUCGCCCAGAUCGAAAAGGACAUACGGCCUCACCUCAACUCAGAGAUAACCUGGGACGAAGAUUUCUUCCCUAAAGAGACCAAGCGUAUUGAGGGAAUGAUAGCAAAGAGCCCGCUAGCUGCCGAAGAAAUCGUCAACCACUCCGUCUACCAAGCCGUGUGCAACGAGUUCUUGACAUCCAGAAACUGGUACUGGAGCGGCAGUAAGAAAGUCGAUACAGUGUCCGAGCCUCAGCUCAACAACUCGAUCUGUUUCUCCAUCGCGCCGGGUGCCUGGGCACAGCCGCUCCACCGCGAUAGCUGGUGCCAUCAUACAUACGAGACCGAGGUCACAGAGUAUCCCGAUCAUUACAACCGCGAUGUGGGCAUUGGAUGGUUCGUGGCUGCCAAACCGGCGACGAGAUUGAAUGGCGCAACGAGAUUCAUUCCCGGAAGCCAUUUAUGGUCAAAGGAUAGACCACCACAAGAAGAACUCACGGUGCAAGCUGAGUUACAACCCGGUGACGCAUUCAUGAUGCUAAGCUCCUGCUACCACGCUGGCUCGGCGAACAAGACGACUGAUGAAGAGAGGCUUCUUUUCAGCUGCUUCAUGACAAAAGGUUUUCUUCGUCAAGAGGAAAACCAAUAUCUUGCUCUUCCUCAUGAUAUUGUGAGAAAAAUGCCAGUCCAUAUUCAGCAACUGAUUGGGUACAAAUUGAGCCAGCCUUAUUGUGGAUGGGUGGAUAGUGAUGACCCUCGUGUGGUUCUGGAUCCUUCUUUGAAGAACGCUACGAUCCACUACCAGGACAAGAAUGAUAAAUAA